UCGGCGGAGAGGAUGAGGCGGAAGGCGGGAGUGGGCGCGAUACACAAGCAGAAGCUGGAGCAGGAGAAGUACCGGGACAAGGGCACGGAGAUCCAGGAGAACCAGUUCGAGCAGAUGAGCAAGCACAUGGAGACGUUCCGCGUGAAUCUCGAGGAGUUCGCGUCCAAGCACAAGAGCGAGAUCAAGAAGAACGCUCGCUUCCGCCGCCAGUUCACGGAGAUGUGCGCCUCGAUCGGCGUCGACCCGCUCGCGUCCGGCAAGGGUUUCUGGUCGGUGCUGGGCAUCGGCGACUUCUACUACGAGCUCGCCGUCCAGAUCGUCGAGGUCUGCAUGGCGACCAACUACAAGAACGGCGGCCUGAUAUCGCUCGACGAGCUGAGGACGCGUCUGGUUCAGGCGAGGGGGCGCAGGAAGGAGCACCAGGAGAUCACCAACGAGGACCUGCUGGCCGCCGCCAAGAAGCUGAGGAUAUUCGGCAACGGCUUCUCCGUCGUCCCCAUCGGCAGGGGCAGGCACCUGGUGCAGUCGGUGCCGGGCGAGCUCAGCAUGGACCACACGGCGGUGCUGCGCCAGGCCAGCCUGUCCGCCAACGCCUACGUCUCCAGGUCCAUUCUGUGCAAGGAGCUGAGGUGGGAGGAGGACAGGGCGCAGAAGGCUCUGGACCACAUGAUGAAGGAGGGGCUCGCCUGGUUGGACAAGCAGGCCGAGGACGAGACGUUGUACUGGUUUCCUAGUUUAUUCGCGGCUUGCAUCGUUUCCAAAGAAUGAAACUGGCGUUAACAUUGCUGUCAGCGCCCGGGAUGCGUCGCGAACGUCCUGCCUGCGGUACGGGACACCGUCACCUGGCCUCGGAUCCCUGUGCGCAACUGCAAUCACGAGAGCGGACGCGAAUGAAGAGGAAAAUGCCACUUUCGUAUU